GUAGAAGCGCAUUGUUCUCGCCAGGGGAUUGGAGCAGAAGCCCGUCAGUAAAGUCACCUCACGCACUCAGUUGGAAGUGUUUGGAGACGCGCGGCGAGACAUCGCGACACCGAGAGAGAGACAGACAGACGGCACGCGAGCGCUGCGCUUUAAUCCCUCCGCGCAGGACAGACUCGACGUCACCCGAAGCGACAGCGAGCGCGCGCGCACUGGAGAUUGAGCGACGCGGGUCAUGGAGGAGGAGAUGCUGGGGGCGGACGACGGACUGUCGGAGCCCAAAAUGGGGGCUCAGCCGCGGAGCUUCGCGAGCAAGCGUGUGAAGGUGAGGCACGAUCGACCCACUAUGGUGGAGAUCCCACAGCUGGGGGACGGAGCGAGCCAGCGGCGCUCUCACGGCAUCGCGCACAGCCAGCCGUACGCGUAUCAGCCGCGACUGCAGCUCCAUCACCCAGCCAUCCAUCACGCGCAGCAUCAGUCUCCCUCUCUGCACCGCUUCACCGGCGACAUGAGGCCCAGAGUCGCGACCUCCAGCUCAGCAUCAGCAUCGUCAUCAUCCUCAUCGCCAUCAGUCUCCUCAGCGUUAGGCAGCGCAGCGGCGUUUUUCGGCCAGCAGGGGAGAGUUCGAUACCCCGCGGGCCACCAGUCUCCAGACUGCACUUCCCAAAUAAGCUCAGAAAACCGAUUGAUUCUGGAUGCGUUUGCACAGCAGUGUAGUCGAGUGCUCAGCCUCCUUAACAGCAAUGGCAGGUUGCUGGGGCCACAGCGGACUUUGAGCCCCCCAUCCUCCUCCAUCAACUCCAUCAUCAAACAGGAAGCUGGAUGCUCACCUGAACCGGCUGUUGCCAAGCCCAGGCCUGAUGAGCCCCAGGCAGGCAGCGCGGAGGACGAAUCGCAACAGUGGAACUCGCAGCACACCUCAGCCCUCCUGCAGGUCUUCACCGAGUCUCUGCAGAACUACCUGCUAGCUGGAGCUCCAUCCUCCGAGGGUGAGCACUGCCACCAGCCCGAACCUGAGCCCGCAGCACCUGCAUCACCAGCACACAACCUGGGAGGCUGGGCAUCUCCGACACCCUCCGACUCGUACGGACACCCUUCGUCCACCCUGCCUGAGGAAGACGAGGAGGAGGAAGGCUGCUGCCCACGCUGCAUAGAGCUGGAGCAGGAGGUGCUGAGCCUUCAGCAGGAGAACGAGGAGCUGAGGCAAAAGCUGGAAAGUGCUCCAGUGCCGUGUCAGACAGUGCUGGACUUCUUUAAGUCUGUCCUGGGACACUACAACCAGUUCAUUCCUCCAUCGCAACCUGAGGAGCCACUCACUGAGACUUGUGCAAGGAGUGCAAUGCAGGAGUAUUCAAACCACUACGAAAUAAACUGUCACCAGAGACCGAAAACAGAACAGGGAAGUAAGCAGCUGCUGGGGAAUUAUCCUCUCUUCAUCACCAACAAACAGUGGGACGAGGCGGUGAAUUCGUCGAAGAAGGACGGGCGUCGGUUGCUGCGCUACCUCAUCCGCUUUGUGUUCACUACAGAUGAGUUGAAGUAUUCAUGUGGCUUGGGCAAGAGAAAACGCUCGGCCCACAUGAACGAGACAGGACCAGAGAGACGGCCGCUCAACCCUGUCAAAGUCAGCUGCCUCAGAGAGUUUAUCCGGAUGCACUGUGCAUCAAACCCUGACUGGUGGAUGCCGUCUGAAGAGCAGAUUAAUAAGGUUUUCAGUGACGCAGUGGGUCAUGCGCGUCAGGGCCGGGCUGUGGGCACCUUCCUGACUGGAGGUGGAGGCAGCGGGAGUGGGAGCAGCAGCAGCGGAAGCAGUCUCUACCUGGAGGGUUACGAUGGACAGCUGUCUCAAGACGAGCUCUUUAUGAAGAGCUCACAGAAUGGCAUCAUGGACUAGGUCUUUCUGAAGAGGACCGAGGCUAAUUGGCUGUUUCACACCUUUAGUGCAGUGUCUUCUAGUGUCAGACUGCUGUAGCUACAUUGAUGUGGACAUUGGUUAUUGAGUCCAGGAUUUCAUCAUAACCUUCAUAAUGAGGCAAAAAAAAAAUCAAGCAUAUAAACAAAGUGAAAACAUAAAAGCAUUCCACAGACUCAAAUUUGCAAAAACAUUCUCUGCUCGACAGCAGUAUUUCUUAAUUGUGAUCCUGGAGUACCCCUGUGGUGUACAUUUCAGGGGUAGGUUUCCUGAUAACAUUGCACUUUAAGGCUAAAGGGGGAGUUUAAAGACACUCUUAGGCCCUGUCCACACGGCAACGGAUUCAGGUGAAUCUGAUAAAAUUGUUUAUCGUUUCGGCCUGGCGUCCACACGGCACCGGCGUUUUGGGUGCCCCAAAAUGAAAUCUUUUGAGAACGGGUUCCAGAGUGGAAAGAUCUGGCAACGGCGCCGUUGUGAAGUCGUCUGGAUGAGUAGAACGGAUUUGUUUACGAUGACGUCACAACCACGUGCUUCACGUCGGGUAGAAGUGUAACGAACUCGAUGCGAGUUGUCGACAAAUCCUGUAACUUGGUUCAUGAAACGCGCUUACAAAAUAUUUUCACUGUGAAUAUUUAUUGUGUAAUGGUGCAAAGUGAGAGAGAGAGAGAGAGAGAGAGAGAGAGAGAGAGAGAAUAGCCCUUAGGGCAGAGUCAAUCCCGCCAGCAAAAAUAGGGAAAAAAAGGAGCGAUCUCACCUCUUCAGAUGUGGGUUUAAGUCCUACAAUACAUUCCUCAAAAAGGGCAUAGAAGAACAAAUUGAUCCAUCAACGUGUAGCAUUCAAUUUAUUCCGGACCAUUAAAGACGCCGCCUUCCGCGUACAAUCAUACGUCAUCCUCGCCGCCAUAUUGGAUGGGUCAAAGCGGAGAAUAAAGAUGCCUCAUUCAUGUGCUGCGUUUAACUGUACCAACAGGUUUGCCGUCCAAACGAGAUCACAUGGGAUUACCUUUCACAGGUGAGACUGGAAAAAUACUUUUCAUUGUAUUUGGUCAUUAUAAUGUAAUUUUACGAACAGAUUUUUCUGACUUUGUGGCUAAUAUGAAGUCUCGCGCAUAAUAGUUUAUGCGCAUGCGUCCUUACUUCUUCUAUUGUUCUGGUGUCUCUGAAGGGACCAUCUUACAGUGCCCCUAGAGGUGUGGCAUGUGUAUUGCAUCGUUUUCAGCAAGCGUUGCGUUGCCAUAUGGACCUGAUAUUUUACUGAUCCGUUGCCCAUGUGGACGUGAUAUUUUUUUUAAUAACAUCUCGUUGCCGUGGUCAUGUGGAUGUAGCCUUAAGCAAUGAGCAUUGUCUCUGUAUGUGGUUUUCCCGAACUCACUCGUAAGAAGGAGUCUUAAGAACAACUUUGCUAAGAACGUCUUUGCAAUGCGCAUCCUUGAUAAAGGCAUUAGUACUUGCUAAAGGCAUUCGUACUGUAGUUGCUAAAGGCAUUAGUAGUUGCUAAAUCCAGUUGAUGAGGUCAGAUGGUGUGUUUUUUACCAAAAAAAAAAGAAAUAUAGUGUUAAAAUAUGUUAAUAUAUUGCAUCAUCGUUAAACAUUACACAUGUAAUUUUGUGUAUUCAUUACCACAUUACACAUGUGGUAAUGAAUAAUUGAAAUUACUUUAUAUUUUUGGACAAUAACAAUUUUUAUUCCAAACGUGUUUUUAAUUAAAUGAACAAACAUUCACACAAAAGACUGAGCAAAUAAUCCAUCCAUCCAUAACCGCUUAUCCUGUGCAGGGUCAUGAGCAAGCCGCACUCUGAUUGGCUACUCUACUACUAGGAUAUCAGCUCAUGUAGCGUGAGUAGAGAAAAACAAAAAUGGUGGAGCGUGUCGCUGAAUCAACCGAGGACGAAAUAAAAAUUAUUCGAAAACAAAACCCCACAAAAUACAAAAAAAAAGUAACGGGGGCGUCGUGGCUCGGGUGGUUAGGGCGCCAUGCCGUGAAUGCGGGCGACCCGGGUUCGGUUCCGGCCCGGGGUCAUUUCCCGAUCCCUUCCCGUCUCUCUCUCUCCCGCUCGUUUCCUGUCUCUGCACUGUCCUAUCCAAUGGAGGUGCAAAAAGCCCAAAAAAAUAUCUUUAAAAAAAAAAAAAAAGUAACAAGUAUGGAAUAAAUGUAUUUGAUGGUAAGAACAUAUCUUUUUUUUUUAUUUCAAGAAUUAUUAUCAUAGCAUUUUUCAUAAAUUGCUACGGUCAUUUUGCCGGUUUGUUUACGUUCUAAGCGGAAAUGAUUUUGUUGGACGUUUUGUAUGAAGUUUUUAUUUAUCGAAUUUGCAAAUAAUGAAAAUAAAAAUGCUAUUUCUCAAAAUCCAGUGAAUGUGGAUAGAAUAAAACAGUUAUUCCACUCAGUUUCUUCGGACAUGGCUUAUAGACAACUCGAUGCUACGUGCCUCAUUGGCUAGUAUCGGCCAUCAGCUCAUAUACGACUCGAUUUCGUGGAAUAACUGUUAUACAUACACACGUGUUUGUGUAUGUGUGUAUAUAUAUUUCAUCUCAUUAUCUCUAGCCACUUUAUCCUGUUCUACAGGGUCACAGGCAAGCUGGAGUCUAUCCCAGCUGACUACGGGCGAAAGGCGGGGUACACCCUGGACAAGUCACCAGGUCAUCACAGGGCUGGCACAUAGAGAUAAACAACCAUUCACAUUCACACCUACGGUCAAUUUAGAGUCACCAGUUAACCUAACCGGCAUGUCUUUGGACUGUGGGGGAAACCGGAGCACCCGGAGGAAACCCACGCGGACACGGGGAGAACAUGCAAACUCCGCACAGAAAGGCCCUCUCCAGCCACGGGGCUCGAACCUGGACCUUCUUGCUGUGAGGCGACCGCGCUAACCACUACACUAUCGUGCCGCCCGUGUGCGCGUGUGUGUGUGUGUGUGUGUAUAUAUAUAUAUAUAUAUGUGUAUGUAUAUGUGUGUG